AUUCCACUUUGCGGCGGCGGUAUUCGCAUACGUGUAGUUUUCAUUAGAGGCGGCGGCACUUCGCCACACGCUGGGCGGCGGUCGUCGGCGGCGGUCAUUUGACCCAGUCUUACUUAAAUAACUUAACAGUAAAUUCAAAAUUUUCGCGAAAAUCGUGCAAAAGUGCGAAAAACAUAAAAAUAUACAGUGUGUUCAUAUAAAAAUUGAAAUUUAUUGUCAUGGGUAAUAAAUUAGUUACUUUUACCGAGCAACAAUUGGUUAAUUACCAAGAUUGUUCAUUCUUCACCCGCAAGGAAAUCCUGAGGGUGCACAAGAGGUUUCGCGAGGUGCGGUCUGACCUAGUUCCGACGGUCAUGACCGAGAAUCAACCCGUCACUGUUCGUAUACCGCUGGACAGCAUGGAGAAACUUCCCGAAUUGAAGGAAAAUCCGUUCAGACGACGCAUCUGCGAGGUGUUUUCGCGCGACGACAGUGGCGACCUCUCUUUCGAGGAUUUCCUCGACCUCCUGUCUGUUUUCAGCGAGCAAGCACCGCGCGACAUUAAAGUAUUCUACGCUUUUCAAAUAUACGACUUUGAUGGAGAUUCACACAUCGGCGCUGAAGACUUAGACAUCGCAAUUAGACUACUAACGCACCAGCAGCUACCCGAAGAAGACAUGCGGCAGAUCGCCGAGAAGGUCAUCGAGGAGGCGGACGUCGACGGUGACGGCAAACUGUCUUACAUGGAGUUCGAGCACGUCAUCACGCGCGCGCCCGACUUUCUCUCUACGUUCCACAUUCGCAUCUAGCUACACAUUCACACAGUCAUACACUUAACCUCACUUCAACGCUAACGAAACCAAUCACUAAAUGUACUUCAAACUUCAAUACGCAAUACACACUCGAAAACAACGCUAGAAUGGUAGUAAAUAAAAACGGCUGCACUUGACAGUUAUGUAACAUGUAUAUUUUUACAAUUGUUUUGGCAUUCAAUUAUAAUUUUCUUCAUC